GUUCCCCUGUUACUAGGGCCCUUGAUAGGGGACCUCUUUCCAUCCCAGAACCCGCUUCCACGCAGAGCACCCCUCCCGCCGGUUGGGUGGAGAUCAGCCCUACCCUCUGCAGAAGUCACCUUGCAGUUGCUUCUCCUGCCUCCUCUCAGGCCUGCUUCUCCUAGGGUGCACAUCAGUUCCCCCUUUUCAAAUCCAGAAUCCUGCCUGCUGCGGUAUGAAGGUCCAGGUAUCCAGUGAGUACCCACAGACACACACACUUGACUCGAUUGUUUUUCACUGCAUCCUUUUCUGGAUGUGGCCCAAGAUUAUGAAUGGAGCCCCACAAUCCCAAGUUCCACUCUGCCCUGCACAUGGUGGAGGGGAGCAGAAGGAGACGGGCAGGCAGGGCUCCAGAGGCCGCAGGCCUUUCUUGUUCCCCUCCCCCACCUCCUCUCCUGCCUGCCCUGCCCACCCCUUAAGUUUGCUCUUCAAACUUGCCGGACACCAUUCUGCACUGCAGCCAAGAAAACAAGAGAGGAGGAAGGGAACAGGUUAAAGAAAACAAGAACACAAUCAGACCCAGACAGCCUAGCAGAGAGGAGUUCCACGGGGAGGAAUGUGGCCGUCCAGACGGAGAAUGUUUGUCCUGCGGCCCUACCCGCGCUGGACAUUAGAGCUCGCCUGCCUAGGUGUAAGGACAAGUUGAAUGCCUUAGCCAUCUCUGUGAUGAACCAGUGGCCAGGAGUGAAGCUGCGGGUGACCGAGGGCUGGGAUGAGGAUGGACACCACUCGGAGGAGUCGCUGCACUAUGAGGGUCGUGCUGUGGACAUCACCACAUCUGACCGUGACCGGAGCAAAUAUGGCAUGCUGGCUCGCCUGGCGGUGGAGGCCGGCUUUGACUGGGUCUACUACGAGUCCAAGGCACACAUCCACUGCUCCGUGAAAGCAGAGAACUCGGUGGCGGCCAAAUCCGGCGGCUGCUUCCCCGGCUCAGCCACGGUGCACCUGGAGCAGGGUGGCACUAAGCUGGUGAAGGACCUGCGUCCCGGGGACCGCGUACUGGCGGCGGACGACCAGGGCCGGCUGCUCUACAGCGACUUCCUCACCUUCCUGGACCGCGACGACGGCGCCAAGAAGGUUUUCUACGUGAUCGAGACGCGGGAGCCGCGCGAGCGCCUGCUGCUCACGGCCGCGCACCUGCUCUUCGUGGCGCCGCACAACGACUCGGCCGGGGACCCCGAGGCGCUGUGGGGCCCGGGGCCGCCGCCGGGGCGUCGGGCGCUCUUCGCCAGCCGCGUGCGGCCAGGCCAGCGAGUGUACGUGGUGGCCGAGCGCGACGGGGACCGCCGGCUGCUGCCCGCGGCGGUGCAGAGCGUGACGCUGCGCGAGGAGGCCACGGGCGCGUACGCGCCGCUGACGGCGCAGGGCACCAUCCUCAUCAACCGGGUGCUGGCCUCGUGCUACGCCGUCAUCGAGGAGCACGGCUGGGCGCACCGGGCCUUCGCGCCCUUCCGCCUGGCGCACGCGCUGCUGGCCGCGCUGGCGCCCGCGCACACGGACCGCGGCGGCGAGGGCGACGGCGGGGGCGGAGGCCGCGCCCCGCAGCCCGCGCCGGGGGCGGCCGAGGCGCCCGCAGCGGCCGCCGCGGGCAUCCACUGGUACUCCCAGCUGCUCUACCAAAUCGGCACCUGGCUGUUGGACGGCGAGGCCCUGCACCCGCUGGGCAUGGCGGUCAAGUCCAGCUGAAGUGCGGGCGGACCCGGGCGGGGCGGGCGGGGCGCGGGAAGCAGCGGCGAGAGAAAGCGAAGGACCCACGGGAGACGCGCACGGACUGAGACUUUUAAUUAUGAUAAUAAUUAAUAAUAAUAAUAAAGUAGGACAGUCCAAAGUAGACUAUAAGGAAACAGAGACCACGGGGAGUUCGUUGUUGUGUUUAGUUGAUAUAUAUUUUUUUGAAGUUUUCAGUUAUUGUUUUAUUUUGGUUAUUUUUUCUCCUCUCCUGGCUAUUUAUUUGUUUGGUAUGAAUAGAUGUUUUAAAUAAUAUGAACCGGACCUUCAAGAGCCUUAACUAGUUUGUGUCUUGGAUAAUUUAUUACUGUCAUGUGAACUGUACUCGCGGGGGUGGGGAGAUUAUUUUGUGAGGCCACGCAACGUGCUCAGUCUAUUUUUCUACGUGUCCCUGGGCCUGAGGGCCAGAGGCGGCCCUCUGCCCUCCGCUCCUCCGCUGCGCUCCUGCUUGUCGGCAAGUGUAGACUAAAACACGCUUCAUGGGGGUCCACAAAGUAUAUUUUUAUACACAGAAUUGUAAAUUAGAUUUUUGAGAGAUCAAUACUUAAUGACAUUUCAUUUUUUGAAAUAGUGUAAAAUAUGAAAUAUAUUAUUUUAAUUUAACUAGUUUCCAAUGUAACAGCCAUCACCUGUACUGUCUUCAAGGGUUAAUAUUUGCUGUUGUAAUCAUCAUUUUGGCCACAUUCUUGAAUACCAAGACUCUCUCUCUCUCUCUUUCUCUCUCUCUCUCUCUCUCUCUCUCUCACACACACACACACACACACACACACAAACACACACACUUUUUUUUGACAAACUGGAAAAACUCUGUUAUUUUUAACUUCAAAGAAUUUAUUAGAAAAUGAUAUUUUUAAAAAGUGCACAUAGUGAUGAGCCCACAAGGAUGGAGCCUGUAGUUUGUACAGAGAAAAAAAAAGGAUGUUUUUGCAUUAAUAAAUUGAGAAAUAACUGCUGUAAAUUUACUAAAAUGUAUUUUUGAAUAUUUUGUAAUAGUUUUAUAGAAAUAAAACGUGCCACGCUCA